AUGAUUCUUGGCGUAUUUUUAGCUAUUCUGGCCCUCUCCGUUGGCCUGAACGGACAUGUUAUCCAGCAACAUGCAUCCGACUCCACUGAAGUUAAUCUAGAUUCGAGAGCACCGGGCAUGAAAUUUGUUCAUCCUGGUGUAUUCGUCGACAGAACCCAGCUACGGCGCAUGAGGUCAAUGGUCAAAGAUGGUCAGCAGCCAUGGUCGAAUGCCUACACAGCCAUGAUGAAGCAUCCGUACGCCCGAGUCACGGACCCAAAACCGCGGGAAAACGUCGAAUGCGGUGCUUAUUCCAAGCCGGAUAAUGGGUGUACCGAUGAGCGGCGUGACGCCAUGGCAGCCUACACUAAUGCUUUAGCGUGGUUUACGAAAAAGGACCAGGCCAAGGCUGAUGUCGCGAUUUCUAUUAUGAAUGCCUGGGCUAAUACGAUCCAGGAGCAUACGGGGGCAAAUGCGCCCCUUCAAGCUGCCUGGGCUGCCUCACUUUGGGCUCGAGCCGGGGAAAUCAUUCGAUAUUCGGGAGCAGGGUGGGAAGAGGAAGAUAUUGCUACUUUUUCAACCAUGCUUAAAAAGGUGUACCUCCCUAUUGUCCAGAAUGGAUCCGACAAACCGAACAACUGGGAACUCAUCCUCAUGGAAGCUAGCAUCUCUAUUGCGGUUUUCAUCCACAACAGGGCUGUGUAUAAGUCGUCUUUGGAACGCUUCAUCAACUCGGCAAGCUACUACGUCUAUCUAAAGAGCGAUGGCUCUGUGCCACUCUUACCACCAGGAAUGUCUCGAGAGACACUGCUAAAACGCUGGUGGUGGGGUCAAGGCACGUUCCAGGAAGACGGAAUGGUCAUGGAGACGUGUCGAGACCUCAUGCACAGUAGCUAUGGCAUUGCUUCCAUCAGCCAUGUUAUCGAGACUGUGCGAAUCCAGGGAAGAGACUUGUACUCUGAGGAUACUGGCAAUCGCUUGCGAUAUGCACUUGAAUUCCUUGCAAAGUAUGACAAUAAAAGGGGUACUGAGCAAGCACCCGACUGGCUUUGUAAUGGUAAUGUUACCAAGAACAUCAAGGACAUGACGGAACCCGGCUAUAGCAUCCUCAGUGAAAAAUAUGAAAUGCCGAAUACAAAGCAGUUUACGGCAGCUGCGCGGCCCGCGCACGCAGAUUCUUUAUUUAUAGCGUGGGAGACAUUAACGCAUGCGACGGGGGAAGUAGAUCUCUGA